GGGUCCCGCCGCGCUUUCGCUUUCAGGGCUGCCACACGUUCCCGAGGGCGGUGGGGCCGGGCCGGGCCGGAGCCGGGAUGGCGGAGCCGGGGUCUCCCAUGCGGCUGAAGGAGUGGCUGAUCGCGCAGAUCGACAGCGGCCGCUACCCGGGGCUGCGCUGGGAGAACCGCGAGCGGACGCUCUUCCGCAUCCCCUGGAAGCACGCGGCCAAGCAGGACUACCGGCAGCAGCAGGACGCCGCUCUCUUCAGGGCUUGGGCCGUCUACAAGGGCAAAUACCACGAGGGCACGGACAAGGCAGACCCAUCCACCUGGAAAACGCGGCUGCGCUGCGCCCUCAACAAAAGCACGGACUUCCAGGAGGUGCCCGAGCGGAGCCAGCUGGACAUCUCCGAGCCUUACAAGGUGUACCAGAUCGUGUGCGACGGCACUCGGGAUGCAGAGAAGGAUGAGAAGGAGGGCAGAAUGCAGCCCACAAGCAGUAAGGACCCACAGGGCCAUGUGGCCGAAGAGAGCCACCGAGGCACAGCGGGAACAUGCCACAUGCCCACGUUACCCCUGCUAACUGCCCAUCCAGCAGAGCGAGGGUACCACGUGCGGGGAAUCUUCUAUGGCUGGAGCCCGACCCGCAGCCACCUGCUCCCCAGGGCCCCAUCCUUCCUCCCUGCCGAGGAUGUCAAUCACUCAGACUGCUGGCUGCACAUCCGCCUGUACUACUGCGAUGUGCUGGUGAAGGAGCUCACCACCCGCACGGCCGAGGGCUGCCGCAUCGCCUCGCGCACUGAGGGUCCCUACGGCCCCUCCUGCAUGGAGCAGAUCGAGUUCCCCCCACCACGUGCACUGGGAGGCGGUGGGUGGACAGUCGCUGUGACCGAGGUUCUGGAGAGGCUGCUGCCCCACCUGGAGCGUGGGGUGCUGCUGUGGGUGGCCCCCGAGGGGGUCUUCAUGAAGCGGCAGUGCCAGGGCAGGGUGUACUGGAAUGGGCCGCUGGCCCCACAUCAGGACUGGCCCAACAAGCUGGAGCGGGAGAAGACCUACAAGCUGCUGGACACGCAGCAGUUCCUGGAGGAGCUGCGCAGGUACCUGAGCCACGGGCAACCAGCCCCACAGUACCAAAUCCACCUGUGCUUCGGUGAGGAGUACCCCACCAGCACCGGCCGCCACCUCCAGAAGCUCAUCAUGGCCCACCUCCGUGUCCUGCAGGUGGAGCCGGUAUUUGCACGAGAGCUCUUCCACCACGCCCAGCGCCUGGGUCCUGCGCUGCUGCGGGGCUGCCCCCAGCCCUGCGCGCCCGCUGCCCCCGGGCGCAUCGCCCACGUCCUGCAGCAGCUCUGCCAGCCCUGAGCCGGGCAGCUGAGGGGACGCGAAGCCUGGGGACGCGCGGCCGCCCAGCGGCGAAUCCAUAAAGCCACAGGGCGUUCAGCAGGGAUGGAUGCAGAUGGAUGCUGGCUGGAGUGGAGCGCUGCACGGAGCGCUGUACUUACUCCCCAGGAGCCCAGCGGAGGCUGCUGGGUGCAGCUGUGCCCAGCAGGGGACGGCCAGCUCUGUCCUGGUGCCUCGCACUGUGGGGACUUGCUGUCUGUGAGCUAUAGAAAUAAAGGUUGUGUUUCAGUA